AUGGGGUUCCUUAGCGGGCUAUCCGCUGUGCUCGCGUUUCGCACUAUUCCAACCACUAUCCUCAUAACGGUCAUUUAUGCGGCAGUCUUCAGCACUUUGCUGAUCACCGAUCAGCUCCCGUCUGUGCCCAAGCAUACACGGGGCUUGGAUUUUCAGCAGACAUACAGAGACUUGCACGAGUUCGUUCCUACAUCUUGGACCGAGUGCAGGGACAUUGCUUCUUCCUAUGAUCAUGUUUCCGUGGAUUUCGACCUUUCUUCAAAUGCGUCUUGGGCUUCAGGACUACUCUCCACCAACCCGUACGCAGUAUACUACGAGUCCGACAAUGUAUUGGUCAAGGUCGAGGGGACUGAUAAGGAGUAUCAGGAAUCAGGCGGGCUUCUGCUCAGUGCACACUGGGACUCUGUCAGUACUGCUCCUGGAGCAACGGAUGACGGUAUGGGCGUGGUGACGCUUUUGAGCAUGGUGAAGUACUUUGCGGAGAACAGGCCCAGCCGGACGGUGGUGUUUAACAUCAAUAAUGGCGAAGAAGACGGCUUGAAUGGAGCGCAUGCUUUCAUGGAGCAUCCGUGGGCCAAUAUCACUGAUACCUUCUUGAACCUUGAAGGUGCCGCGGCAGGAGGACGGCCACUACUUUUCCGAGCGACUUCUCGCGCUCCUCUGGCAUCCUGGAGCACUUCUCGUCCCCACGCAAAUGUCAUCACUGGCGAUGCGUUUUCGCGUGGUGUUAUUCGCAGUGGUACAGACUACUCGGUUUACGAGCAAGCUGGACUCAAGGGGCUAGAUUUUGCUUUCUACCGUGGCAGGAGCAGGUAUCAUACGAAGUACGACUCUAUCCCUGGUAUGUCCGAUGACAAGAGCAAAAACGCGUUAUGGGCUAUGAUGGAAGGAACACUGUCCUCGAGUCUCGUGCUUGCAAACGAUGCAAAGGGAAAGACGAGGACCGAGUCCGUUGGACAGGGAAGUGAGCCAGUGUAUUUCGACCUUUUUGGUGCCAUUAUGAUCGUGUUCACAUUCCAGACUCUGUGGAUCGUGAACAUCAUCCUCCUUACCGUCGGGCCUGUUAUUCUCCUGAUGUUGGUCUACUUCGAGCAUAUCAUCAGAGUCACGUCUCGUAUUCGUUCUGGAUACUAUCGCGCUGCAAAUGGUGAUGUACACCGCGAGAGCUUUGUGGCGCGUGCGUCGGUGGAAAUAAAACAUUUCCUCAAAAGUUUUUGGGUCUGGUCCAAAUUCUGGAUCGCUUUGUUGCUUGGUGUUGGCCUCCAGAUGCUUUUAGUGGUCGGAUAUGCGAAGCUGAAUCCAUUCGUCAUUCAUACGCACCCUUGGCUUGUGCUUUUGUCUGCGUGGUCGCUGGCUUAUCUCACAAUAGUCCUUGCUCUCACCUUUCCACUGACAAAACAUGGUGUUGUCCCUGCUCCAGAACAGCAAAAGCUGUCUAUCCUCCUCCAUCAGUAUGUUCUGACAUGGGCGCUGCUCGUAUACACAACAUCAGUCCUCACACUUGGGGGAACAUAUUUCAUAACUGCUUGGAACGCGGUGGUUCUCCUUGGAGCCGUGUUUGCGUGUGUGGAAGGCAUGGCUGGCGCUCGUGGAUACGAAGACGAGGAAGAGAUUGAAAGGCAACGACGUUACGUGCAUGGUGUCCACUACGAUGCCGUUGGCACCGCCGAGAAUGGUCAUCGGGACUCCGAAAACGGGCGCCAGCAUGUGGACGUAAUUGAGGAAACUGAGCCGACAGAGAUUACACCUCUUAUCGCUCAGCAUGACCAGUCCACCCCGUUAGGUGAAGAGCAGGGUGCUAUUGGCUGGUGGAUUGCCCAGCUGUUGGUUGUUGUUCCGCUGCCUGUUAUCCUAGUGUCUCAUAUCGCGGUCAUCGUAUUAUUUGCGAUGAACCAGACGCUCACAGACGGAGCCAGUCCGUUUGGUGUUUAUGGAGUAAUCUCGAUGCUGGCGUUACUCAUUGUGCUUCCCCUUGCACCAUUCAGUAUGAACAUGCAUCGCUGGCUGAACACCAUCAUUCUCCUGAUCUUCGUCUUGUCGACACUUUACACCUAUCUUGCGUUCCCAUUCUCACAAGAGACGCCACUCAAGGUCUAUUUCGCUCAAAGCGUGGACCUAGACACGUCUCGUGUGGUCACCGAACUAACUGGGCCUCAUCAAUUCCUGUCGACCGUGAUUAUCCCCCGAUUCCCGUCUGCAUUUAACCAAGCCCUCAAUUGUACAGAUGCUCCAGACAAGCUCGGCCUGCAAACUUGUAAAUGGGAGGUUGGGGAUGCGUUUGUGCCCUCUCCGGGUAGAAGCGAGCGUCAUUAUGGACAGGGCCCUACUUCCUCCCUGGAGAAAUGGGUAACCACAUCCAUCAAGCCUGCACUCUCCAAUUCUCAGGGCAAACGCGUGAAAGAAUUCCAUCUUUCUGGUGACGGCGGAAAAGGUUUGCAAGGCGGCUCUGAGGUGCCUGAAGACGGGCUCGAGCAAAUACGGCUGUGGAGCCGGGAUUGGGAAAAGGAGUUUGAAGUGGAUGUUGUAUUUGCAGGAAACGAGGAUGAGAAAGCCACGGGACGCGUGAGCUGCGGUUGGGCAGAGUAUGAGAGUGCUACGGUUGGUGGGGGGCGUACUGAGGGCAAGAUUCCAUCAUUGGAGGAGGUACUCCUUUUCUUGCCGGAGUGGGCGGUCGUCACCAAGGGCUCAGCUGCACUAUUUGACGCCGGGUGGGAAUUUGAGGUUUGA